AGAGGGGGGAGAGAUAAAAAGAGAGAGGGAGGAAUCAGCUGCUGCAGACAUUUCCAGCGGUGCCUGCCCGCCUGUCGACGCUGUCGCUCGGGACCGCGGAGCGCGUCAGAGCCGCUGACUGAGCCACUCCGACAGAAGACAAGAGCGACAGAAAGACCCGAAAUAAAGAGAGAGAGACCAAGUCCACUUCUCCACGCGUUCCCCGCUGACACUUGGGUUUGGACCCCGCGCGUCUGCUGAUGUGGAGAAAUUUAUUCCGUAUAAUGGCCUUGACUGAGACAGCGUGUGUCCAAAGAAUUUGUGGGAGAGAGAGCACAUCUCAUCAGCGAAUUAAGAAAAGGGGCUGACACACUGCAGUGAGUCCGGCCCCCGUGAAUCCUGAGAUCCCACAGAUCUCAGUGGACGGCAGCCAGAAAAACCAUUAAUGUCAAGCCUCAAAGACCCCUGCCGCUUUGAUGUGUGAGCACACCUACCAAUAAUGGCCCAUAGGAUACAGAGUGGAAAUCCUGGUGACAGAGUGUUCAACAUGAGGCUGGUGUGGAAAUCCCUGGACAAGAUGAGGUGUCUGAGGAAACGCUCCACUAUUCCAUUCCUCGGCUUCCUCAUCACGUUCCUCCUCUUCCUGAACCUCUACAUUGAAGAUGGCUAUGUGCUGGAAGAGGAUAAACGGCAGCUCAGGGAAGCGUCGGUCCACCCUCCGAGCUCGGAGCGAUACGUUCACACCUUCAGAGACCUCAGCAAUUUCUCCGGAGCCAUUAAUGUCACGUAUCGUUAUCUUGCUGGGACCCCGCUCAACCGCAAGAAGUAUCUUACCAUUGGACUGUCAUCGGUGAAAAGGAAAAGAGGAAACUACCUGCUGGAGACUAUCAAGUCCAUCUUUGAUCAGUCCAGUUACGAGGAACUGAAAGAGAUCGUGGUUGUGGUCCACCUGGCCGACUUUGACCUGGUGUGGUGUGAGAACCUGGUGCAGGAAAUCACCAGGAAGUUUGCUCACCACAUCAUAGCAGGACGCCUCCUGGUGAUCCAGGCUCCAGAGGAGUAUUACCCGUCUCUGGACGGAUUAAAAAGGAACUACAAUGACCCCGAGGACCGCGUCCGCUUCCGCUCGAAGCAGAACGUCGACUACGCUUUCCUCCUCAACUUCUGCACGAACCUCUCCCACUUCUACAUGAUGCUGGAGGACGACGUGCGCUGCUCUAGGAACUUUCUGACAGCGCUGAAGAAGGUGAUCACGUCAAGGGAAGGCUCCUACUGGGUGAUGCUGGAGUUUUCCAAGUUGGGCUACAUCGGGAAGCUCUACCACUCCAGAGACCUGUCACGUCUGGCUCAUUUCCUCCUCAUGUUCUACCAGGAAAUGCCCUGCGACUGGCUACUCAUCCACUUCAGAGGGCUGCUUGCCCAGAAGGAUGUGAUCCGCUUCAAGCCCUCACUUUUCCAGCACAUGGGCUACUACUCCUCUUACAAGGGAGCAGAGAACAAACUGAAAGAUGACGACUUUGAGGAAGACUCGAUAGACAUUCCCGACAACCCACCUGCCAGCCUUUACACAAACAUCAAUGUCUUUGAAAACUACGACGCCGCCAAGGCUUAUAGCACAGUGGAUGAAUAUUUCUGGGGGAAGCCUCCUUCCACAGGGGAUUUCUUUGUCAUAGUCUUUAACAAGUCCGCCAAAAUUAGCAAGAUAAAGAUUGCGACGGGUUCUGACGACAGGCAGAAUGACAUUCUUCACCACGGAGCUCUGGAAGUGGGGGAGAAACUAGUCGGGACUAAAAAAGGGAAACAGUGCUCUUCCUAUAUCACAUUAGGGGAGUUUAAAAAUGGCAACAUCGAGGUUCAAGAUGUAGACCACAAGAUUGCCUUUGAGAUUGAGUGUGUACGCAUCGUGGUGACAGCCAGUCAGAAAGAAUGGCUUAUAAUAAGGAGUAUAAGUUUAUGGACUACACAACCUCCCAGUCAGUGAGGACUAUACACAGACUUUUAGUAUGCUGUAGAGGCAAAGUAUUAUUAUUAUUAUUAUUAUUAUUUAAACUGAUAGAUCCAAUUUGUUUUCAAGAGUGCUUGUAUGAGAUACUGAAACACAGUCAGCACUGCCUGCACUUGGCCUGCUGUGGCUAAAAUCUGUUUUCCCUUGUGUCAGUGAAAUAAUACAACCCUGUCUUAUUCUGAUUCUGGGCAGCGGGUCCAUCGUGGGGUGG